AUGUACCGUACCGGGUUGCUUGGCGUUCGUCGUCUAAAUCUCUUCAGACAGUCCUUUGCCCAGAGGAGACUGCUAUCUUAUGGGAACGUGAACAGACAGUUUGCCACGUCCCGUUUUAGGUUGGCCAGUGCCUCUGUAGCGGCAGGCUCAAUGCUCGGCAUGCUCGCGGCAGGCUCCUAUCUUGCUCUAGAAGGGUCCGAAAAGAUUGAGGCCGAAAAGGAAGCCCUAGCUGUAGUUUCUGAGAAAGGCGAAACUGAGAAAAAGGGCCAAAACGGGGACGAUUCCGAGAAGAAGCCUCAAUCGGCUUAUGAUCCGGACACAGGGGAAAUAAACUGGGACUGUCCAUGCCUAGGUGGUAUGGCGCAAGGGCCUUGCGGCGAAGAGUUCAAGGCCGCGUUCUCGUGCUUUGUGUACUCCGAAGAGGAUCCUAAAGGCAUUGACUGCAUCGAAAAAUUCAAGGGAAUGCAGGACUGCUUCAGAAAGUACCCAGAGCAUUACGCUGAACAGAUCAAAGAUGAAGAAGACGCUGCUGAGGCUGCUGCGCAGUUGGAAUCUCAGAGUAGUGACCAAAGUCAACCCCCCUCAGAAGCUAAAAUGACUUCACCAGAAGAAACGAAACCUAUGAAACAGCAAGAGGCUGACUUUGAACAUCUGGAGGAAGAGUUAAAGGAAGAUACAAAGAGCAGUGACAAAGGCGUCAAGCCCGAGUAG